CAGUUCAUUUGCGAAUCGGACAUCGCCGUUCGUACAUUUAGAAAGUGAGGACGACUCUGGUCUACACAGCGAAAUCUUGUGUGCAAAACUGAAGGUUGUGUCAGUACUAACCUGUUUUAAUCUAUGAAACGGACAGUCGCGCGAUUACCGACGACUUUUGGUGGAGAAAGCCUUCGAAUAAACCACACAGAGGAUUUUUUUAUGCGUUUUACGGGUGAUUUUUGUUCUCCGCAUCCAAGGUUUAUCUUUGUCGCACUCUACAUCUGUAAAGGAUUCGGUGUUGGAGCUUUAAUGGCUGUGAAUAUGUUAUAUGGCUCGGUUAUGGGUACAGUGUGAUAACGACAACGCUGCAUUUCCAUAAGAAACGGACAGUUUGGAGAGAUAUCCACGUCUUCAUCACUGAACGUUUGGCACAAUCCUGUUUCGCGUGUCUAUAUGCGAUUUUGUGGAAUCGACAGUGAAAGCAUCAGGAUGUAUACAAAUUUUAACAAUAACGCGAGGCAGCAGCGGUGCAGUAUGAUAUUAAUUUCCAUAUUUCGCACGGCGUGAGACGGAGCGCAACAUGUUUUUACUGCCUGAAUCCUGUACGCACACAUAAUGCACAGGAAGAGAAAUGCAUAAUAAUAACAACAGAGUAUAUCAGGCCUCUGAUCACGAUCACGUCUAAAUUAUCGAUUCAACCCUUCUUUUGGCCUUUAUUUUAUUUAUCACAGCGUGUCAUGUUGAUCUGGGCAGGAAAAUGGUCGUAUUGCUUCCUUCCUGAGUCCUGAUGUUCUUCAUCUAUCCAAAGAUUCACCAUGGAAACCCAGAGUGAGCGCUGGUGGACACCCAGACUGGAUCCUGGAUUGAAUAAAGAGAGGCAGAUAAACGUGUAAACAGCUUCUUUACAUUUUUAAACUAUUAAUCAUAUUUACCAACUUGCUUGGACAAAACAUGGUCAUUUGUUUAAGAUCCCCAAGUGCCAAAGUGUCUGUAGAAGACACAAGAGGUGCUGUCAGGUGCCAAUGAGUAAACAUGCAUACAAGAUCUGCUUCAACAUCUAAACAUGCAGUGCAUGACAAUCACGUGUCAACUUUAGAUCUGCUCGACGUACAUCUCAGGUUUGGACAUCGGUGGACACGUUUUAAAGACGUCCGAGCGACUAAGCACAAUGCUUUUUGAAUGUCUGUUGUGUUAAAGAGUACAAAACCCUGCAAAAAAUAGUUUAGUAUCUGUUCCAAUCAAACCUCGACAAUGCCUCGGAACCGGGCCUUUUCUGAGCCGGAGUAUUCGGCGGAAUAUUCGGCGGACUGUUCGGUCACACUGCCCUCUGACCCUGGUCAGGCCGUCGGACGCACUCAUGAGGUGACCGUGCGCAGUUCUGGCUGCUGCCUGUGUCUGCCGCGGUUCAUGCGCCUGACCUUUGCACCUGACUCUCUGGAGAACCUCUAUCAGACCUAUUUCCGCCGGCAGAGGCACGAGACCUUGCUCGUGCUGGUGGUUUUUGCAGCCCUUUUCGACUGCUACGUCAUUGUGAUGUGCACUGUGGUUUAUACCAGCGACAAGCUGGCAUCCGUGGCCGUGGCGUCGGUGGGACUGGCCGCAGACAUCCUACUCUACGUGCUGUGCCGGUACGGCCUGCUCCCUGACCGCGUGUCACGCCGGCUGGUGCCCUAUGCCCUUUGGGUGCUCAUAGCGGCCCAGAUCUUUUGUUAUCUAGGACUGAACUUUGCCCGCUUCCACCAGCCCAGUGACACUGUAGGCUGGCAGGCCUUUUUUAGCUUUUCCUUCUUUUUGACGCUGCCGCUUCGGCUAACUCCUAUAGUGCUCAUCACGGCCGUUUCCUGUGGGGUGCACACCCUGGUGCUGGGCGUCACUAUCGCCCAGCAGCAGCAAGAGGACAUUCAGGGGGCGGCCCUCGGAAGACAGUUGCUGGCCAACAUUGUAAUAUACUCAUGUGCCAUCACAGUGGGCAUCAUGUCGUAUUACAUGGCCGACCGCAAACACCGUAAAGCCUUUCUAGAGACCCGACAGUCCCUGGAGGUAAAGCUGAACCUGGAGGAGCAGAGUCAGCAGCAGGAGCGCCUCCUGCUGUCCAUCCUGCCCAAGCACAUCGCAGACGAGAUGCUUCAGGACAUGAAGAAAGAACCCAGUCAGAAAGAGAUGCAACAGUUUAACACCAUGUACAUGUAUCGGCACGAGAAUGUCAGUAUUUUGUUUGCAGACAUCGUGGGGUUCACGCAGCUCUCCUCGUCCUGUAGCGCUCAGGAAUUGGUUAAGUUGCUCAACGAAUUGUUCGCUCGCUUUGACAAGCUGGCUGCUAAAUACCACCAAUUGAGGAUUAAGAUCCUGGGCGACUGCUAUUACUGUAUUUGUGGCCUUCCAGAUUACCGUGAUGACCAUGCGGCCAGCUCCAUAAUGAUGGGCUUAGCCAUGGUUGAGGCAAUUUCAUACGUUCGGGAGAAGACACAGACGGAUGUUGACAUGCGUGUCGGCGUACAUUCUGGGACAGUCUUGGGUGGGGUGCUUGGCCAGAAGCGCUGGCAAUACGAUGUGUGGUCAACUGACGUGACAGUGGCCAAUAAGAUGGAAGCAGGAGGAAUUCCAGGGCGAGUUCACAUCUCCCAGAAUACCCUUGAGUGCCUGCACGGAGAGUUUGAUGUUGAGCCAGGAAAUGGUGGGGACCGUUGUGAGUAUCUGAAGGAGAGGGGCAUUGAGACUUACUUGGUGGUGGUGCCGCCCAAAGGACCUCUGGGCAAGAAUGGCAUCAAUGGAGUAAAGCUUUCAGUGACAUCAUCUAAUGGCAAUUCUCCAUUACUGAUCAACACUAAAGAGUGUAACGGAAGCGUCCACACGGCAUGUACAACACCAGAAGAGCCAGAGGAACUGGACACACGGGUGGUGAACCCUUCGUUUCCUAACCCUCGGCGUCGCUUGCGUCUGCGUGAUCUGGCUGAGCGGGUGAUUGAUGCUCAGGAGAAUGAACAGGAGCUCAAUAAACUCCUAAAUGAAGCUUUGCUGGAAAGAGAGACCGUUCAAGCGCUAAAAGGCAAGUACACUUAUCGUCUGUCCCUGCGUUUUACGGACCCGGAGCUGGAGACUCGUUUCUCAGUUGAGAAGGAGAAACAAAGUGGCGCGGCGUUUAGCUGCUCGUGUGUUGUUCUGCUAUUCACCGCGGUCAUGGAAGCACUCAUUGACCCCUGGCUGGUGGCAAACUAUGUGACUCUAGUCGUGGGUGAAGUUUUGCUUCUUAUUCUCACUAUCUGUUCACUGGCAGCCAUAUUCCCACGGGUAUUUCCAAAGAGACUGGUGUCAUUCUCCACAUGGAUUGAUCACACGCGCUGGGCACGCAACACUUGGGCCAUGGCAGCCAUCUUUAUAGUCACAAUGGCAGACAUAGUAGAUAUGCUAAGCUGUCGGCCAUCUCAGAUCUCCACAAAUGAUGCGACAGAGACCACUCCAGUCACACCAGGAACCAGGGGCUGUUUGGAGAAUCCUAAAUAUUACAACUACAUUGCAGUUUUAGCCCUGAUCGCCACCACCAUGCUGGUGCAGGUCAGCCACAUGGUCAAACUCACCCUCAUGCUACUGAUCACAGUAGCUACAGGCGUGGUCAACAUCUACAGCUGGCGGGACAUCUUUGACGUGUACGAUCUGUCUCGGUUUAAGGACUACAGGAUUUAUCUUGUGCCAUCCAAAUACACCAUGAGUGUGAUGAUCUUCAUCAUGAUGAUCAGCUUCUACUACUUUUCCCGACAUGUUGAGAAGCUUGCACGCACGCUGUUCUUGUGGAAGAUUGAAGUUCACGAACAGAAGGAAAAGGUGUACGAGAUGAGACGCUGGAACGAAGCACUGGUCACUAACAUGCUCCCAGAGCACGUUGCCAGACACUUCCUGGGCUCCAAGAAAAGAGAUGAGGAGCUCUACAGCCAAUCCUACGAUGAGAUCGGAGUCAUGUUUGCGUCCAUACCAAACUUCUCUGAUUUCUACACGGAGGAAAGCAUCAACAAUGGCGGGAUCGAGUGCCUGAGGUUCCUCAAUGAAAUCAUUUCCGACUUUGAUAGUCUUUUGGAUGAGCCACAGUUUCGCUGUAUAACCAAAAUCAAGACUAUCGGCAGCACCUACAUGGCAGCAUCAGGAGUCACUUCAGACAAUAACACUAAUGGUUAUGCAUGCGUGAAGAAAGAAGAGAUUUCAGACAGGGAACGAUGGCAGCACUUGGCAGAUCUGGCUGAUUUCGCUCUGGCCAUGAAGGUGACACUGAUGAACAUCAACUACCAGUCGUUCAAUAACUUCAUGCUCCGCAUCGGGUUGAAUAAAGGAGCAGUUUUGGCUGGAGUUAUUGGGGCCCGUAAACCUCAUUUUGACAUCUGGGGAAACACUGUGAAUGUCGCAAGUCGCAUGGAGUCCACAGGGGUGAUGGGAAACAUCCAGGUGGUGGAGGACUGCUACUGCAUCUUGAAGGACUAUGGCUUCCGCUUUGUGAGAAGGGGACCAAUAUUCGUGAAAGGGAAAGGAGAGCUGCUCACCUAUUUCCUAAAGGGACGAGAAAAGCAAGGCUCCUUCAUCAAUGGCUCCUUUGUCAACCUGCCGCACCAAGUUGUGGACAGCUCUUGACCAACACGUGCACACACGCGCUGUCAUAUAUAAAACUCUCCAAAUUUCUCUCGCACACUCCACAUCGUACCUCCUCCGCUGACUCCAUGUGCUCCAGUAAUUAGUACUUUCAAAUUUGUUUCUGUAUUUAUUAGAAAGGAAAGAAAUGUUGAUAGGAAAUGAGAAUGACAUUGUGUUCAUAUAAGAGAAAUAUAAUAUAAAGUUAUAAAGUGUUCACAGCCAAACAAGAUUUGAAUAGGUUGCUGAAUUGAGUUUUAGCUAUUUUAAACUACACAAAGGAAACACUAUGAACUUUGCUGUAUAUUAUACACUGGCUGCUCGAAAGAAACCUUUGAAUUAUGUACUUAUUUCUUCUUUGAUUUUAAAAUUGUUUAAAGAUUACAGAUUAUCCUGAAGGCCCCGGCUGAAUGUUGUUUAAAAUCUACUCUGAAUGCCUGUGUGUUAAAACACUGCCUUUUCCACUUAGUGAAGAGCGUGCGUGCGUGCAGCAUGAGUAUAUGUACAUUUUUUUGUAUUUGUGAGUUUAACUUUUGUCACCUUAGUAUAUUGUCACUCUUGUCACUUUAGAUUUUUUGACGUUGCAGUCAUUUUUAAAGGACAUACAGUGAGAUGCAAACGUCUGAGUCCUCAUCGAAAAUCUGGUGUGAAAAUCUACAGUGGUGUGAAAAAGUGUUGCCCCCUUUAUGAUUCUUUUUUUUUUGCUUAUUUGUCACACUUUAAUGUUUCAGAUCACCAAACAAAUGUAAAUAUUAAUCAAAGAUAACACAAGUAAACACAUGCAGUUUUUAAAUUAAGCUUUUUAUAAUGAAUGAAAACAAAAUCCAAAACUACAUGGCCUUGUUUUUGCCCCCUAAACUUAAUAACAACUAAAAUCGAGUGUUUGCGAUGACUUGCAAUGAGUCUGAUACAGCGCUGUGAAGGAGUUUUAGUCCACUCAUCUUUGCAGAAUUUUUGUAAUUUAGCCACACUGGAGGGUUUUCGAGCAUGAACCGCAUUUUUAAGGUCACGACACAGCAUCUCAAUAGGAUUGAGGUCAGGACUUUGACUAGGCCACUCCAAAGUCUUCAUUUUGUUUUUCUUCAGCCAUUCAGAGGUGGACUUGCUGGUGUGUUUUGGACAUUGUCCUUCAGGAUUUUUUGGUAGACAGCAGAAUUCAUUGUUCCAUUUAUCACAGCAAGUCUUCCAAGUCCUGAAGCAGCAAAACAGCCCCAGACCAUCACACUACUACCACCACCAUAUUAUACUGUUGGUAUGAUUGAAAUUCUGUGUUACUUUUACACCAGGAAGGGUCCAACACUUUUACACACCACUGUAGAUUCUAAGUUGCAGAAUUUAGAAAGAUUUAACCAGAGACAGGCUGUGGUGUAAAUAAGGAAAAAUGUUUAGGAAUAUGCAAGACAGAUAAUAUUACAAGGUCACUAAUCAAACGCAAGGGUAUAGUGACAUUGCACGUCAACCCAUGUGUAUGUGAUCAGUUUGUUUGCUUUCAUCCAAGCACACAAGAUGCUCACUGGAUUUAUUUACAGUCAUGCUAGACAUGGAUCACCAGGUCUCGCACAAACCAGGUGAAGUGCAUACUAUUUAUAAGUGAGGAGUGGGCACAUAGCAAAUGAAAAAUUAUGAGAAUCGUUUCACUAAGAUUGCUUUGGCUGAAAAUAUCAUUUGAAAUCAGAUGAGCUUUCACUUGUGGUCUCAGACUUUUGGAUCCCACUACACGUUACAUUCUAGUAUCAGUGUUCCUCGUGCCAAAUAGAAGCCAUUUUGUGCAUCAGUUUGUGGUACUCUAAGGAAAUACGAGUAUCACUGUGAACAGGUUCAUUAUGUGUGUUUGAAAUAUAUCUGCACUACAUUCAUAGGCAGUAUUCCAGGGAUGGAGGAUUCUUAGAUCAUAAUAGAUUCCCGACUGUGUCUUUCCUGAAAUAUUAGAUGAAUGUGCAAUAGUUCAUUUCCGUAAUAGCAUUCUGCUGUCCAGUACAAUUUUGCAAUCAAACUCUCUCCCAACAAGUCAUAUUUUUAUAUUAUGAUUGUAAACGUUCUAGUUAGAGUAUUGUAUGAGAUGGGCGUCAGGAUGGAUCUGUGGAUCUUAAAAAUGGGCCAAACAGUUUAUUUAUUACAAACGUCAGGGAUAGUCUGUAUGUGUUAGCAGAGAAAGCAUUUGAUUUUGACUUUCAUAUGUUAAAAUGGAGGGCAUGACAUUGUGGCCGGUCUGAUGCAGGAUUUUGCUAAAGUUUGAUAUUUUUGAAUUAUCCUUAGAUAUGAAAUAAAAUGGCACAUUGAAUGAUAUGUUACCAGAA